AUGACAACGAUGUUCAUCCAACUGCGCCGUGUGGUGUACCUGUUGGUACUCCUGCAAUGUUGUGUGUGUGUUUAUGAUGUUGAUGGCGCCCCUGGCGAUACCGAAUACACUGAUAUGGUAACGAAGCUUAACAGCUCAAUAGUGGGAGCAGGAGAAAUGCUUUUGAAAGGAGAGUUCUGUUUACCCGAGUGGGAGAAGUACCGAAACGCCUGUGACACGGACGCUGCGCUCGCCAAGAAGAGCGCUGGGGAGCUGAGUGGGAUCGUCAAAGACUUGGAAAGGAAAAUUGACGAGCACAUUCCUGAUGUCAAGGGAACCGGUGGGAUAAGAGUAAGCGUGACUCUCGAGAAAGUAAAAGAGUUGGGGAAACAGGUGGAAAAAACCAAGCAAAAAACAAACGAGACUCUUGUUGAGGCGGAGAAGGCGCGAUUAUCAGUUGCUAAGGCGCAGGCGGCACAGGAUGGUUGUGCGACCAUACGUAAUAAUAUAGAGAGCGCCAGGGCGGACUUAGAUCGGAUAUUGGAGGGUUUUUUGGGGUAUAUGAGGGACGGGGAUUCGGAGGUGAACAAAAGACUCGAUAAAGACGGGAGAAACAUGAGCGGAAAGAUGGUUGCCUAUGUGUUGGCGUAUGGGCAUCGCGUUGGGUGGUCCAAAGGAUACAUAAAGGCGGCUGAGGAGAAGAUUGCUGAAGCGAAGGAGGAGGCCAAGAAAGCAGUUGCGGCACUAAAGAAGAUUGACGCACGGUUAGCGGAACAGGAGAGUUUGGCGGAAGAAGCCAGAGAAAAGGGCGGGUUGGUCCAAAAGGCAAUCAAGGAGAUGAGUGAAUCAAAGGAGACGGAGGAGAGGAUCGGGAGUCUCACGCACCGGGAGAAAGCAAAGGAAAAAAGAGUGGAGACCGCCAAGGAGGUUGCUAAGGAGAUGAAAAAGGCGAUUGAAGAUAGUAUUAAAGAGAAGGAGAAGAGGGACAAAGAGGAACGGGAGAGAAGGGAAAGAGAAGAAAGGGAGAGAAAGGAACGGGAGAGAAUUGAAAGAGAAGAAAGGGAGAGAAAUGAAAGAGAAGAAAAAGAAAAAAGAGAGAGAGAAGAAAGGGAGAGAAAAGAAAGAGAAGGAAAAGAAAAAAGAGACAGAGAAGAAAGGGAGAGGAGGCUAGCAGAGGAGAAGGCGAAAAGGGACGAAGCAGAAAGGAUGGCGCAGGAGAAGGAGGAACUGGAGAAGAAGGCCAAAAAACGCAAGGACGGUGGGGUUGUUUUUACGUUGGCACACGGUCCUUUGGUGAUGCUUCUGUUAUGUGUGUUGGGUUUCGCACUCGUGUGCUGA